UUUUGUCUUGCUGUCUCUCACUUUCUAUCCCUGGUUCAUUUGUCGCGUGCUCAUUGAUAUUCACUGGGAAAGCCAGAUUAAAGACACGGCUUGUGCUCAGUUACAUCGCGUGCUGCUUGUCAAGGCUGACUUUUCUGACACUGAGAACUGCGACGUCGAGGAGGGAAGGUACCCCGCGGCCAAGUACCCACCCCGGCGGAUCAGCUAUGACGUCACCAGACCCUAUCGGGAACAAGCGCCACCCUACCGCAGGUCACACUCAUUGGCGGAGCUGCAGGCAGAACGAGAAAGGGAGAAGUUGGCGGCCCAACAAGAAGGACCAGGUCGACCGCCUGUCGGUUCCCGGGCUACAGAACGCCGGUCGACGUUGUCAAGUCUGGUAUUCAGCAGUCUAGCAGCUUUGGAUCAGACCGGAAACGCUGUCAUACCGCCCUAUGUCAAGAAGAAACAUAAGAGACAAGUCAUCGGCCUACCUGACACCCCUGUCGCUCUGACCGAGCUGAACUUGGAAGAGCUGAUACCCCGCUACGCCCCGCCCAUUAAGCCUACAGGGAAGCUCAAGCUACAACUGUUGUGGUCCACGGACAAGACCAGUCUAACUGUGAUAAUAAUAGAG